UUGUUAGGCUCCCUUCACGCAAGAAACUCGACCAGCUGGUCGAAAGUGUUGGCAAGUCGGGAAAGUAUCGCAUGUUUUCAUGUCUUAAUUUGAUAUUAUACAACUGAAAAAUUAACGGUAAGUGAGGAGAAUUUUAAAACAAUCAAACAAAAACAAGGUCAAAAAUCGUGACUGGCAGUUUUUAAUGGAGUUUACGGAAGACUGAUCUAACUAAACAGUCCCUCAAUAAUCAAUUUGUUACCUAACAUGGCAAGGAUGCGGACAGCUGAAAUUUUGCUUUUUCUUCGAGUUUUCUUCCUAGCUGUUUCAGGUUCUUACGGCACUACUAUCAGCGCAUCAUCCGAGGUCUCGUCUACUGUGCCUGGCAUCCAGUCCACUCCGAGCUCACUUCUCGACGGUUCCACGUCUACAGAUGUCCCUUCACCAAUCCUUAUUUCUGCCUCAGAAACUAUGCCUUACAUCCAGUCCACUCCGAGCAUAAUUCUUGAAAGUUCUACGUCUGCAGUUGUCCCUACGCAAUCCCUCAUUUCUGACGUGAGCGAAGGAAGACGAAAGAACUACUUCGACGAAGCCUAGUGCGAGAGCUGACAUGCACAAAUGCUAGAAAGAGUCCCGACUCGCGAGCGCUUACAACCUUUGAACUUACUUUCCUUGCAAGUGACAAGCAAAAUGCCGGGACAACUCAGAAUGCUUGGAUCGUACUUGAAGGAGAAGAGAGGAAAUAUCAGGAAUAUUCGAUAGAAAAUAGCGCAAAGAACAAUUUUCUAUGUAGGGGACAAACAGACACAUUUAAA